AUGUCUUUAUAUAUUAUAUCGUUUAAGUAUGGUAUUAUAAUCUUGCUAUACAUUACUUUUAUUUUAUGUCAAGAUAAAAUACUUUUUAAAAGUAUUUCAAUGUUAGAAAAUCCAUUUGAAAAAUUUCCAAUAAAAUACAAUGUUUCAUCAGAUAAAUCAGACAUAGUUUUGGUAAAAUGCCCAAAUAAUGAAUACAAACACAAUGAAACUGAUGAUACAUUUGAAUCAGAACAAAAAAUUAAUUUAAUGUCAAGUAAUGCAGUAUUUAAAACUUUAAAAACUGAAUGGUUUGCUAUUUCAAAUAAUUAUUUAAGCUUGAACAAAACACCUUUUUCUUGUGGUGUAAUUAAACUUAAAAAGUUUCCUCAACUAUCUAUUUCUUGGAAUGCAUUUGUAACUUGGCCAAAAAUUUUAAAUCCACCAAACAAUAGUAGUAUUUUAGAUAUAAGAAAAAAAAUAAAUGAUGAAUGGUAUAAUAAAAGUGAAAUUUUUGUAAAAAAAAUAAAUGGAACAAUGUUAAAUUUUAAAAUAAAUAAAGAAAUUGAAUUUAUGAUUCUUAAUAUUAGUGAAGUUGUGGAGAAUAGUAGAGUUUUGGAGGUUGAUAAGAACAUAAGUUCUAAGAAUCAGGAGUAUUCAAAUGAUGAAAUAUUAUCAAUGUUGAUGGAUAAAAAUCCAGAUGUUAUGGAAGCAAUAUCUUUUGGUAAAAAUGAUAUUGGAAAGUUUAAAGAAAAUGUUGAAGAAUUUGAGAUUGAUUGGAAGAAGGCAAGUACAGAAUUUAUACCAUAUAAAUUCCCAGAAAAACUUAGAGAUGAAGCUGAAAAAUUGAUACAGGAAUUAUUGGAAACGAAGACGAUAAUUCAAGGUCCAGCAAAGUUGUUACAUAAUGUCAUAUGUGUUCGAAAAAGGAAUGGAGAAUUGAGAGCUUGUGUUGAUAUGAGAUAUAGCAAUAAGUACAUGGAUAAAUGCCAAUUUCCUAUACCUCAUUUGGAGCAAUUUUUAUAUAAAACAAGAGGAUUUAAGUAUUAUUCAGUUUUAGAUUUACCUUCAGCAUAUCAUCAGUUUUACUUGGCCGAGAAUCAAAGAAAUUUAUUGGGGAUAUUUUUCAGAGGAAAAACGUAUGCUUAUCAAACACUUCCUCAGGGGUGUAAAAAUAGUCCUAUGUUUAUGCAAAUGAAGUUAAGUUCUUUGUUGGAUGAGGAUAUUAUUGCGUGGUAUUAUGAUGAUGGUAUCAUAUGUUCAAAUAAUUUUGAAGAACAUUUGGAGAAGUUAAGUAUAGUGUUAAAGAAAAUGGUUAGUGUUGGUCUAAAGAUUUCUCAUUCGAAAUCUAUUUUUUGUGCUAAGUCAGUUGAUUUUUUGGGAAAUCAUUUAGCAGAAGGUUUGGUUAUUACAGAUGGGGCAAAAAGAACUAUUAAUUCAAUUAAAGAACCAAAGACAGUUAGUGAUGUUAGAGCUUUAUUAGGUAACUUAGGAUUUUAUUCUAAAUAUGUUCCAAAUUAUGCGAAAAUUUUAUAUCCAGUUACACAGUUGCUUAAGAAAGAUGUUAGUUUUAAUUGGAACACAGAUUGUGUUGAAGCUUUAAAGAAAAUUAAGAAGUUAGUAUGUAGUGAUGUGGUUUUAUCAAGAAUACAAUUGAAUUUACCUCUAAUUAUACAAUCAGAUGCUUGUGAGAGAGGUUAUGGAGUUGCAGUUUUUCAGGAAAGUUCAGAAGGAAUAAGAAAACCAGUUUUGUUUUGGAGUAUGAAACGUCCACAUGCAAUUAAGUAUAGAAAUAGUGUUUAUUUAGAAGGUCAUUCAAUAAUAUGUUUUAUUCGAAAACAUUAUCAUUUGUUGUUGGGUAUGGAGAUUUUGAUUGAAACGGAUAAUAAACCAUUAUCCCAGGCAAUGACAAACCAAUCUCUUCAUCCACAGUUAAGUGCAUGGGCACAGGAACUUUCGUUUUUUCAAAUUGUAUGGAAGUAUAUUCCUAAAAGGGAGAAUGAUAUAGCAGAUAUAUUAAGCCGCGUUGAGAAAAGUAAUGAACCUACCUUAGAACCGAAUGAAGUUGAAUCAUUGUCAUUGAUUCAAGGGGGGGUGAGUAUGUUAGAAAGAGUUGAUGAUGAAGUUGGUUUAGAAGUAGAUGGAAAGAAUGCUAGUGAACUUCAUGGUUAUGAAAGUUUGAAUGUUAUUUUGGAGAGAAAUAUGAAAGAUGAACUAAAUGUUAUGAAUAGUUCAAAUGAUGUGUUUAAAGAAGGAAAGAAUUCAAAGUUUUUGUUGAAUGAAAAUGAAGAGAUGAAAUUAUUGGGUAAUAGAAAUGGGUUUGUUGGGUCAAUAACAGCAAUUGAGUUAAAAGAACAACAACGUAAAUGGGUUGACAAACAUAAACCUAAUAAUUUGGUAAAGAGAAAGAAUAGUGAUUAUUGGGGAAUCAUUGAUAAAGAAGGAAAAUGGAUUCCAUUGUUAACUGAAGAGUUAAUAGAUAGAGAGGCAAGACUUCUACAUAGUUUUGGUCAUUUUAAUUGGAAGAAGAUAGCAGAAAUAAUAAAACAUCGUGCCUAUCAUCCGAAUCUGUUUAAAGUAGUGGAAAUGGCUGUGAAAAAUUGUGAAGUUUGUCAGAAGUGUAAUGUUAAGUGUAAGAAGAUAAUUAAAACUAAUUGGUGUAGCUAUAUGUUACCAAGAGAGAAUUAUUCGGCAGAUAUUAUGGGUCCGCGUGAAGGAAAGUAUAUAAUUCAUAUUAUUGAUGCAGCUACGUCAUUUUGGAUGUGUGCAAUUAUAUCAAAUUGUGAUGGUGAAAGAAUUAUGAUGGAAGUAUUGAAACUAUGUUGGAGAUAUGGGUUUCCAAGUACAUGGAGAACCGAUAAUGCACCAUAUUGGAAUUUAACUUCGAAGAAGUUAAAGGAAUGCAAUUGUGAAGUUCAGACAAGUAAUGCGUAUCAUCAUGAGGGGAAUACGUUGGCAGAGAAUGCAAUUGGGAAUUUGCAACAUAUUAUGAGGAAGUUAUUAACUGAACAAAUCAAAAAUGUUCAAUCAAUUCCGUUACCGUUGGAAGAAAUUGUAGAAUGGUCUGUUAUAUUCCAUAAUGGAGUUGGAAUUGAAGGAGAAAGUCCAAGUGAAUUGUUUUUGGGACAUAAGUUAAGAAUACCUUCAAUCUUUGAGGAGCACUCAUUGAAUGAAGUGGGAACAGAUAUGUCUAGAGAUGUAGAACUUCUUAGAUUGGAAUGUUUAAGUAAGAGAAGUUCUAAGAAUAUGUUAAAUAAGAUAGACCGGGAAAGUAAAUUGUCUUCAAAGAAUGGUAAUAUGGAGAGAGUUACACAAUUGAGUGAAAAUUAUAAAAAUAUGAAUAAUAAUGGUAGUUAUUUGGAUGAAUUGAGUGGUGAGAAAGAAAUUGUUAGAGAGACAGUUGAACGUGGGACAUCGCCAAUGUUGGAGAAUAAUAAAGAUUCAAAUGAAUUCUUUAAAGUAGGAGAUCAAGUCUUGGCUUCAGCUAAUUGGAAGAAGCUUCAAGCUAAAUGGGAAGGUCCUUAUUUGAUUCAGGAGAUUAAUGGAUCAACAGCUAUACUAACUCGACCAUUAAUUAGGGGUAAACGUGGCAGACCACCUAAAACAGUUGUUUCAAGAAAUUUGGUUCAAUUAAAGAAGUUUCAAGAGGGAGACAUGUUUUGA